UUCUAAAAUUAUUCUUUGGUUUUUCGUGUUAUCUCAGUGGAAUAUGGACGUUAAUGCAGUCGAAAUUCACAUAAAUAUUCAUCUAGAAGGAGGCUCAACAUCGUCGCAAUAUGAGAAAACACUUAUAUUCGCGGCUACAAGCGAAGACGAAUUAAGAGAACAGCUGACUGAAAUGCUUGAGGAAGCCUUAGUGACUAAUCCUGGUUAUGGCGUCACUAUAUCAACAACAAUUUAUGACGAUCACAAAACAGAAGUUGCUAAGUAUGACGUAACAACAAUGAAACAUAAAAUGAUGUCAUCCACUACCGAAGCCACCGAGUUGCCAACAAAAGACCAAACUGCAGGUUGCGACUUAGUGAUCGGCGGCCCAUGCUAUUUUGCAGAAGUGUCAUCUUAUAAAUUUGAUCUUGAACAAGCAAGGGAAUUUUGUAUAAAUCGCAAUUCGACUCUCGCCAUCAUCUAUGACAGAGAUGCCUAUGAUAAUAUUACUGAAUACUACCGAGCGAAUAUGACAAUCUGGGGUGCGAAUUUACGAGAAGUGAAGUUUUGGAUCGGAACAGAAAUAGACCAACAGGAUGGCAGCGUAACUCCAAAUAGAGGAUUUGUCGAUUGGCCACCAAACGGCGCACCAAGAGUACCAAGCCCCGAUAAAGUCGACAUAUUUUUGUUCGUUUCUCGCUACAUGAAUAACAACUGGAGAUAUAUGGAAGUGACACCUGGAUUUGUAUCUCUUCUCGGAGUUAUGUGUGCUUGUAAUGCUACUAAUUAA